AUAUAUUUUAGGGUAAAGCGAAAGGAGAAGGCGAGGCGAGCGAGAUCGAUUUGCUCGAGGAUGGUGUCAAAGAUUCUUCUCCUAUUCUCUUGCAUUGCGCUGGUGGCCAUGGCCGAGGCGGCGACCCAAGACCACGGCAAGGACGCCGCGAAGCUGGAAGAUCACGGCAGCAAGGAGGCCGUGAAACUGGAAGACCACGGCAGCAAGGAGGCCGCGAAAGUGGAAGAUCACGGCAAGCAGGAGGUGGAAUUGGACGGGAGCGAGAAUAAUGGGGGUUUUACAAUCCAGCUCCAGAGCGGGCGACACGCCUCCAAGCCAGAGGUGUGGGAGCGGAUCGUGAAGAAGGACAAGGCGCGCGCGCACUGGAUCGCUGAUCGUCUGGAGAAGGCAUCCAAGGAGAAGCAGGAGCACGAUGGCUAGAAACCCCCCAGGAAGUUCUCUAUUAUGUACAGCGCGGUUUCUUCUAAGAAUUUCCUUCUUGUGUACUCGCCCAGUAAUGAGAUUCAGCUGCAAAGAGCCCUAA